AUGAAUUUAUACAGCACUAGGGUUAAAGCCCCUAACACGAAUCUUGUGGAGGGUCGGCAGUUUUAUGACUUGGUUGGCUUAAAACCCAAUCUGGGAGGGCCAGGCGAUGAUGUACUGUCGUACCCAACACAACACAACAGGAUAAGUACAGAACCGGAAAAGAAGAGCAGUAAUAGUGGCAGCGUUGUGUCGUGUAGUAGGAAAACGUCCAUCGGGACACUGAACGUUCGUACUGUUAGGGAACAGUAUAAGAGGAUAGAGUUAGCAUCGCUCUUCCUUGAUAGUAGAGUUGCAGUUUUAGGGGUACAAGAGCACCGGAUUGUGCAUGAGGAGGAGAUCAAGAUCCAGAGUUUUGAGAAGGGUGUGCACCUGGUGACCACACCUGCUUGGAGAAACACCCGACAAGCUGCUACUGGUGGAGUUGGGUUUAUGCUGACCAAGCAGGCCUACAAAGCAGUGAGUCUCAUGAAAUCGUUUGGGAAGCGAAUUUUUCUCAUAUCCUUUGAUGGAAACCCACGGCUUACAGUAAUAACGGUGUACAGUCCCACUGAAGCAGCAUCAAAUGAAGAGGCAGAGGACUUUCACGAGGGACUAAGAUCUGCAUUAGGAGAGGUGCCAGCCCAUCAUCUGCUAAUGGUUGUUGGUGAUUUUAACGCCCAUCUUAGCAGAUUGAAUGAGGAGGAUUCAGGUUGGUACUGGCAUCGAGUAUCCAACAGAAACGGAUCGCUUCUCAGGGAUACUUUGUUGGAGGGAAACCUUGAGGCAACUAACCACCGAUUCCAGAAACGUCCCAGUAAACUAUGGACGUAUCUCUCUGACGGAACCCUGAGCAAGAGUCAGAUUGAUUACAUCCUGAUAAGGAAGAAGUGGCGUAACUCAGUCAAGGACACUGUUGUCUCCAAUUCUUUUAACUCUCUUGGGUCGGACCACCGUCUAGUAGUUAGUUCAGUCAAACUCAGCCUGCGAAAGUGCCAGAAUGCACCUAGAGUAGUAAGAUAUGACUACAGACUGCUCAAAGAGAAUAAGGAGUUGCAAGCCUUGUAUUCUGUGGAGGUGAAAAACAGAUUCUCUAUGCUACUGGAGGAAGAAUCAAGUGAGCAGAACGAUCCCACGAUUCAGUACGGAAAGCUUAUGGAUGCCGUGAAAGCAACCAAUCAUAAGUUGCUUAAGCCCAUCCCAAGAAGACAACGUAACAACCCCUCCCAAGAUCCUAGGGUAUCGGAGAGGAGGAGAACUCUGUUUCAGGCCAAAGACGCAUAUCAUGAGAAUCCUACAGAGGAGAGUAGAGAGGUAGUUAAGGAGUGUAAGGAUGCACUUGCAGUGAGCUACAAAGAGGUUGAGGAGGAGACUCUUGUUUCUCGGAUCAGGCGGGCUGAGGAUGCUGCUGACAGGUGCAAGAAUAAGGAAAGUUGGGACCUUAUUAAUGACAUAAAUGGCAGGAAAAGCAAGCCAUGCAGCCUGGUUGAUGGAGGUAGUGCUGAGGGGAGAUUGAAGAGCUGGAAGGACCACUUCACUAAGCUCCUGGGUCAACCACCAUCUGUACCUGACCAGGAAAUAGUUAUCCAAACCAUCCACCCCCAGCAGGAUAUAGAGACUGGUCUGUUUUGCAGGGAGGAGUUAGCGGAGGCGAGGAAGCAGAUCAAGGAGGGUAAGGCCUAUGGUGAUGAUGGCAUAGCUCCAGAGAUUCUCAAAAGAGUGGACAUGGACGACCUGAUUCUAGAGUUCUGUAACAGCGCUCUGGUUGAUGGAAAAAUCCCUGAUCAAUGGCGGCAACUCAACAUCGUGCCUGUGCCAAAGAAAGGAAAUCUAACUAAAGUGGAUAACUACAGAGGAAUCGCUCUUACGUCCAUUGUUAGUAAGACCCUGAAUCGUAUGAUCCUUAACAGAAUCAAACCAGCGAUGGAGAAAAUCCUGAGGAUCAACCAAAACGGAUUUCGGGAGGGACGCAGUACCACCAGCCACAUUCUGUGUCUAAGGAGGAUCUUGGAGGGGGCUAGAGACAAAAACCUGACCGCCCUUCUCUUGUUCAUCGAUUUUAAGAAGGCCUUUGAUAGCAUUCAUAGGGGUAUAUUGAUGAAGAUACUCCUGGCAUAUGGGAUACCAGAGCCCAUUGUUAGGCUGAUAGAUGCUAUGUACAAGGACACCAUGGCACGAGUCAUCACGGAGGAUGGUCUGACUGAAGCUUUCCUUAUACUUGCUGGAGUUAUGCAGGGAGAUACACUGGCGCCCUACCUCUUCGUGAUUGUCAUUGACUAUGUGAUGACAACAGCACUUGGAGGCAAAGAUCUGGGCUUCACUGUCAACCCCAGAAGAAGCAGGAGAUACCCAGCAGUUAAGAUGACAGAUGUCGACUUUGCUGACGAUCUUGCACUGACAACAGACACCGCAGAGCAAGCGCAAGAUCUUCUCCUCAGUGUGGAGCUGGCUGCUAACUCCGUUGGACUGCACCUCAACGAGAGUAAGACGAAGUACAUCAGAGUCAAUCUCUCUGAGUCUGACUCUACCGUCAUUAAAGCAGCAAGUGGGCAGGAGAUAGAGCAAGUAGAUGACUUUGUCUACCUUGGAAGCAGAAUAAUGAGUGCGGAGAAGGACUUUGAUGUUAGGAAAGCAAAGGCAUGGGGGGCCUGUCAUCAGUUAAAGACAACCUGGAAGUCUGGAAUGCGCAGGGACUUAAAGAUCCGUGUCUUUCGAGCAACGGUUGAGCCCGUACUCCUGUACGGCUCUGAAGCUUGGACGAUAAGCCAAUCCAUGACUAAGCGGAUCAAUGGAUGCUACACUAGAAUGCUCCGGAUGGCCUUGAACAUACGUUGGCCACAAAUCAUCAACAACAGUGAUUUAUACGGCAACAUCCCCAAGCCAUCAGCGAUGAUAGCCUCCAGAAGAAUGAGACUGGCUGGACAUGUAGCCAGGCAUGACGACCUUCUGGCAAACCAACUUCUGUUCUGGGACCCUCAGCAUGGAUACAGGAGACCGGGGAGGCCCCACCUUACGUUUCUGGACAUGCUAAAGAAGGACACCAGCCUUUCCUGUGUUGAAGAGAUAAGAUCUGUUAUGCUUGACCGCGACGUGUGGCGAGGAAUUGUAGUUGCUCGGACCAAGAAGCCGACUUAA